GAGAAAAGAAGGGAAGCCAAGAGCUGAAGAGAGAGAGAAUGAGAGAGAGACAGAGUGAGAGACAGAGAGAGAGAGCGAGAGACAUAGAGAGAGGAAUAAAAACCUGCCCUCUUCCACGCUUGCUCUCACAGUCCCUGCUCACACUUCUCUGGGUCGGACCAGCUGACAGGACUGAGUGCACUCACACCCCGGAGGCCUGAGUGUCCCCCUCUUCUCCUCCUCCGCCUUCCUCUCCUACUCCUCCUCCUCCUCCUCCUGCGCUCACCUUUAAAUCACCGAGUCUGGCGCGAGAGCCGGGGAUUUCCCCAGAGGAAAAGUGGGAGGACGCGAACGAAAAAAAAAGGGAACACGAGAUGUUCGCAGACACUGAAUGAGGAGAGAGAGAGAGAGAGAAAAACAGAGUGAAAGAGAGAGAGAGAGAGAGAGAGAGAGAGAGAGAGGGGAGAGAGCUCACCCUCACAAUGCUGCGAGCGAGCGGCAGUGGUGCCAGGGGCUCGUCUGUUCUGGGCUGGGGCUGGAUCGUGGGGAUGACAAGGCUGGAACUGCGGCUCCACUGAUCCUCCAGCGCUAGGCGCGCUAACCGCUACCCCCGCCGCGGCCCGCCCGCUCCCCCUCCGCAGGGGCACUAUGUGGAUGUUUCUCCGGGCCGUGCUGUGGACUGCAGGCGCCGCACUGACUCUCGCUGCCGGGCACAGCUUCGGCCAGGACUACUACGAGGGCGCUGAGGACACAGAGGACGCAGAGCUGGGGGGUGUGGGAGAGAGCAGACUGGACACAGUGAGCAGUGUGGAUGAGCUUCUGGAGAUGCUGUAUCCCGAGUACAGCCUGGUGCACCACUGUUUGCGGAAGAGGGCGCACACCACCCCCUACCCGACCCAGCCCACAGAGGGUCUGUGGGGCAGCCCCCUGCAGGCUGCACACUACAUGAUGGACGGGACCUUCGAAGCAAUUAUGGAGGAGAUGCAGCGGACGGCCUGUCGGCCUCGGGAGGUGUGUCUGGAGGUGUCGAAGGAGUACCCAGAGAGCACCAGUCACUUCUACGUGCCCCGCUGUGUGUCUGUGUACCGCUGUGGAGGCUGCUGCACCCACGAGGCACUGUUCUGCACCAACACCAGCCAGAGCCUGGUCAACAAGACCCUGGUUCAGCUGACCCCGCCACAAACAGAGCGCACUGUGAUCAUGGCAACCUUUGUGAACCACACAGCAUGCGAGUGUCAACACAAGAGGGCCCUCCGCCCAAUCAUAAGGCGAGAGGCCGUCUUCCACCACACCCUGUGUUCGCCCCCUGACACCCCCUGUGAUGUGGGGCUGGUCUGGGAUCCCACAGGCUGUCAGUGUGUGUCUGAGGAUGAGAGUGCUCUGUCUGCAUCUGAGCUGGACCCCCUGGAUGCAGCCCUGCUGGCCCUCUGCGGCCCCAGCAAGGUGCUGGACGAGGAACGGUGUGAGUGCGUGUGCCAGAACGGGAUGACGGAGGCCAGCUGUGGGCCGGGGUGGAGACUGGACGAGGCGGCCUGCGAGUGCGUGUGCGAGGGCCAGCCUGCCCCCGGGGCCUGCCCCCCCAACCAGCGCUGGGACCCCGAGCUGUGCGGCUGUGUCUGCAGCGCCAACUGCCCCCGGAGCCAGCCGCUCAACCCCGAAACCUGCCUGUGCCAGUGCCGGGAGAGCCCCCAGACCUGCCUCCUGCAGGGCAAGAAGUUCAACCCCCAGUCCUGCAGCUGCUAUCGGCUGCCCUGCCGGAAUCCACACAGGAAGUGCCCCACGGGGUUCUAUUACAGCCACUAUGUGUGUUACUGUGUCCCCAACUACAUGAGGUCAGGGGAGUGGAACUGAGAGGGGGGCCAUCAUCCAAUCGCAUUAUUUAUUUCCCUUGACAGACACGGACCCACUUGCAGUAUCCAGGGGCGACGCAGGUUGUACAUAUAGCUCAUAGAUACGAACGGAGCAGGAUUUUAACCGAAGCAGUUUGGGGUUGAGAGCCUUGCCGAAGUGUGAUUACGGAAACAGCCAGUCCAGAAUUUGCCCGCUGCAGGCCUCCUUGUUUCCCUACCCUGUUGCCUAGUGAUGUGACACGUGGUUUCCCUGGCGGCCACAUCCAGGGCUGGUACUGCAGGGGUGGGAUUAACAUCACCAUGGAAGUCUACUAAUUAAGAACAGAUCUGCUUGGACAAGAAUCAGACAAUGCAGCAGAAACUUGUUUUUUUUUUUUACAUUAAAUAGGAUCAGACAAAAGGUUCAUAAUGACUGAGCCUGGAACAGCAUUUCCUUUAGCCGCUGUCUCAGGAGGGGCACUGCUUACAGAGAAUAAAGUGGAUAAUUCCAAGGACAGCACACUUUUGGAUGCUACUGCUCCAUCACAGAAUCAAACCGCCAGGUGCUCAUAUAACGAAGAGAUUCACGGUUAGCUUGCUGGACUAUAGACCCAGGUCAGUGAACCAGGAACCAAUCUUUCCAAUCGCUUAUUUUCCUUAUUUUGUUUUUACCUCCUAUCUUCCUGACCCAGGAAUCGAUCCGCCAUCUUUAAAGACAUUCCAGCCCAUCAGUUGUUCCCUCUAGGAGCUGGGAACAACUGAUGGGUGGCCCCCAAACUUUUCUUUGAGCAAGGAAACAGGAGCGCAUCCUUUGCGGAUAGUAUUUUUUCAGAAAGCAUGACAUAUAAAUGACCUGUGGAUCCACCUCUCCCAAUUUGCCAUGUCUGCAACUGAUGUGGCUUUGAUGUUUGAAGGAUCAAACAAUCUAAUUCACAUUUUCUGAACUGUGAGCUUGGAGCAUGAAAAGGAGCAGGGAAAGGAGAUAGGAGAUUAAAAAUAUGCGAUUGGAAAGAGUCCCUGGAUCUAUCAUCCUGUACCUAGAGGAUGAUGUCACUUCCUGUAGCAUAUUUGUGUCAUCUCCAGUCCUGUUUUUCCCUGAAUGUCCUUCAGUUGAGCAUUACAGUACAGUCUCGGACUGCAAAUACUUGAGUAAGUGCUCUACAUAUAGUUAAACAUGUAAAACUUUGUCACAUAAUGUAGCUAAUGGUUUUGCAAAGUGACCGAAUGUAGCCAUGUUUCAUAAACCCAUUUAUAAGACUGCCAAACUAUGGUUCCACAACACUAAGUUUCAAACUGUACAUUUUCUGAAAUACCUUUUAUUUUAUUUUCAUGUUUUUAAGAAUUAAAUUAAAUGUUCACAUAACAAAAAAAGUAUUUAGUAUAAAUAAUAUGCUACAGAAUGUAACCCUGGAAAUAAGACCAAAUAAAUGCAUAUUUAUUAAAAAGAAAGGUUCCAUCAUGAAUAAAAUAUUCCCCACAGCUUA